GAGCGCCGGCGGGGGGGGCAACUUAGUUACGUCGCCCGCAGACGGAUUCCCUUCCUUCGCUCUCUCCGCGGAUCCAACGACGCCAUGCAGCCUCCUCAGCCCGCUAGCUUGUGCGCCGCGCUCCUGCUGCUGCUCCUCUCCGCCGCCGCCGCCGAGUCGGUGAGAGAAACAGAAACCAUGGACCCCCAGCUGUACCCUGAAGAACUUGCCUCUGGAGACUUGCCUGAUGAUGAGGAUUCGAGGCCUGAUUUCACAAUUGAUGAAGAUGACUAUGAGUCCUCUGGUUCAGGAGAUAAUAAAGACUAUUCAGAUACUAAGGAUGUCUCGAUUUCAGCCACCGACAACUCUGUGGACUCCAUGAACAACUAUAUCCCUGAUUCCAGAAAAGAGACUAAAGAUAAAAAUGAACCAUAUGUAGUAGAAAAUGAGAUUAUCGUUCCCAAAAAAGACGCUUCUCCUGAAGACCUUCCCAACAAGAUCUCAAUGGCCAGCACAGCCAAUGGCAGCAUCCUAGAGAGGACAGAAGUUCUUGCAGCUCUUAUUGCAGGUGGAGCAGUCGGGCUGUUGUUUGCUGUCUUCCUUAUCCUCCUCCUAGUCUAUCGCAUGAAGAAAAAGGACGAGGGUAGUUAUGACCUUGGCAAGAAACCAAUCUACAAGAAAGCACCUACAAAUGAAUUCUAUGCCUAAGGCUUGCCAAUGCCACAAAUCCACUUGAGAAUCAGAAAUGUACUUUGUAAAAAAGAAAAGGAAAAAGCAUUUGGGCCACAGACGAGAAGCUCUGAAACAAAUGCUCGCUCUUGGAUCUAAUGUCAAAGCGAUUUUUAAAAAAUCUUUCUUUGUGACCCUUCCCACUAACAAAUGAGGAUACAAAGUUUAAAAAGGCAGAGAAUGAGCGGGGGGACCCCAUAUGGGGUAUGCAUGUGUUCUCAAAUGCAAAGCAAAUUUGCCAAAUGUUGUAUUUGGUUGGGUGAACGGGGGUUGUAUGUUUGCAUUGGGUUGCAGUGCUCCAACUUGCCUUGUUUGUAGAAGGUGUAACUCUGUAAGACUGCCUUGCAGCAGGCCAGCCAUGUUAGGCACAUUUUUUAUAAAAAAAUAAAUAAAGAACUUAUUUAUGAAAUCUCCUACACUACAUUGCAAAUUAGUCUUGGUAGUGUGCAAAGUUGCUUUGUGUAGAGCUCAGUGACUCUAUAAACAAUUGGGGGCUUAUUGUGAGGAAUGGCUAUUUGUGAAGAAGCAAUUCCUCUGAGGGUGAGGGUGGGGCACUCAGGAGCCAGCAAAAACAAAAUGUUGGGAGUGAGGCAUAAUGCUCCCCAUUUUCACAUGGACCUUUCAUUAAAGAAAUACCUUUUUAUUAUGAAAUCUUUUUAAAAAGUAACAAUAAAAAUACCUGCCUAUAAAGCUUGUAGAAGAGAUACCUAAAUUUAAAAAUUCUUUUGUAGUUUUGCAUAAGACUUCUUUUUAAUCCCUUAUUUCCUCUUGCCGGACAUCCCUCUAGACAGCUGGCAUUUCAUACCAUCCAUUGCCUGAACUGAAGCAGCAAGUAUAGUAUGUUACAGUUUUCUAAGCUCAUAUCUUAGGUUACUCUAGGGGAAUUGAGAAGAGAAUAUUUAUAUAUAUUUUCCAGAAUUAAAGCAAAAGAUGUGUUUGAUUUUUUUUAAAAGACAGAACUAUUUAUAGUUUCUAAGAUGGCUGCUCUCUUUUUGGUAACUCUUCUUUUUUUAUAUGUAAAACACUAAUAUAAUGAAACCUAAUGAUUGUGAAAACUAUUUAAGCUUUAUUCUGUGUAUUAUAUCCUGAAGGCAAUAACCUCUGCUAGAUUUGUUUAUAUAAAAAAUCAGAUUUCUCUGAACAUAACUAAAAUACAAUAGGGGUGAGGGCAUUUUUUUGUAGCCUUGUAAUAUAUUAUCAGUGCUCUAGAGCUAUAUUUUUUCAGUAAAAGUGCACGAUUUUUAUAAACCUACUGGAGUAAGUUUGUGCAGUCUUCAUGUGUGGUAACGGGUUAAUCAAUCUGACUGGUGUUCCAUGUCUUCCUAUUCUGAGUGGGCUCAUCACUUCACAUUUAUUACUAAUUAAUGGCAGCUGCGUAGUCGACAACAUAAGUUCUACUAAUGGGAGCUUCAGUACAGCUUGGAUGCGUACUUUUUAAUUGCUUCUUAUCUCUUCUCCCUCAAAGGCUAAUGGAGAGAACGUACGUCAGAAGCACUUGGGUACAAAUAGUGACUGAUCCUUCCAAAAUGUCCUUCCCUUUACUAUAGGCAAAUGCCGAGGGACCCCUGGUAUUGUAGCAAGUUUGUGUUCUGCUGUUCGAGCCUGAGCUGAGGGUACUGGCUUUCAAAAUUCUGAAUAGCAUGUUGCUUUGGCUUUUUCAGAGAAGAAGGUCUGUGGGAAUCAUGCUCCUACCAGACUUCCGGUUCUGUUUAAUAUAACAGCGUUAACAUAGGAUGGAAAUGGAUCAUGUUCCAUCCAAGAUUGUGCUAGAAUGGUACAGAGACUUUAAAAUGGCAUAUCUUAGCUGACGGGUGUGUGUGUGUGAGAGAGAAUGCUGUAUCAGAAGAUAGGAAGAAGUCUUGUUUCAUCAAAUCUUGAAGGAGCAGGGAUGUAGCUCAGUGCUGUUGGAAGACUUUAAUGCCAUGUUAUGUAAACUACUAUACAGUGCAGUAUAGAAGAAUCAGCUAUGUAUUUUGAGGUAAGUGGGAUUCAUUUGAAGUCUGCAGUCACUUCAGAUAUUCCUCUUCAAGACCUUACUUCAUCCAGAUGUUAUCAGAUUAAAUCAGAGCUAAUGUCUCAUCAAAAUCAAUUCUUUUACCACCACCACCCCGAAGGAUUUGGCCAUGUAACACAAUACAACAUUUUGGAAUUUACCAAACGGGGAACAAGGAUUGCACUGCACAAGACCAUUUUGAAUCAUACAGGUGGUUCUGAACUUAAUCCAUUUGCAUCCUUUGAGCUACAGUCUUUAAAAGCUAAUAUAGUCUUAUUCCCAAAUUCACAGUCUGCAUGUUAAUAAAGGUGUUCUAUGCAAGGCUUUCUUCCAGUGCUUGACCAGAACAAAAUAAAGGAUGCUCUUCUGUUUUUAUUCUUGGCAAUGAAUUUGUUCUGUGAUUUUUAUCACAUCCUCUGGGAUUGCUGGGAUGAACAUAUGCGUGAAGUUAAAUCUGUGCAAGAGAUUCCACUCUGGCAUCAGCAGAAGUCUUAAAAAAACUUCUGGAAAUGUUUAGUUUGGCACGGGGUGAGAGGAGUAUACACUUAACACUUUCUUGUAACUAUUGCUUGGAAAACAUGAAUCUCAUGUCUGUCUCUGAUUACUUGGAUUAUAUUUCUUGUAUAUUUGCAUUUGUUUUCACUGUCAUUGAUUUGAUAAAAUAAACUGGUACUUUCUAAAAA